AUGGCUUCCAGUAACUCUGACUCUGGCUCUGAGUACGAAUCUGAGAACCGUCAAUUGACAAGCACUGAAGAGGAAGUGAUCGCGCUGUUUCGGAGGCUGCUCCAUUUGGUGGCUUCGGACGCAACGAUUGAUCUCGGAAAUUUAGAGGAGUUUUCCGUCAUAAUUCGACAACUGUGUGAAGAGGGCCCCGAGAUUGUGGAUGUGUUGGCAACGACGAUCCAGGAGGAGAGGAGCACCAUCGACUCUCUUCAGCAGGAACAAGACAAGGUGGAAAAGAGCAUCAGCCACAAUACGAAGCGCACCCGCCUGUCGAGUAAGGAUCUGACCUACCGACCCCCAAAGUCUACCAAGGACAAAACAAAAAACCCUUGUCCCUUGAGCGAUUCUGGCCUCCCCCAGACCUCUAAACUUCGCCCCUCGGUCGAAGACUCUACUGCCAAUAAGACCCAAAGGUCGUCAGUCCAAAACACGGGGGUCAAUCUGGACAGGUCCAGCGAGGACGACAAUUCACCUCGACUUGAGAAAACGCCACCGCCGAAUCACCAACAAGGUGUCACUCAGGAUGUGCUUGUCCGGGACGACGGCACCGCAGACGGUCGAGGGACCGCCGUCGAAGCAAGCAACGAUACGAACGCGACAAUUGAGACAACGGAAGAAGCACAGAACCAUGCUGAGAACACGAAGGGGGGUGUCUUGUCUCGACCGUCGAUGCCUCUCGCAAAAUCUGACCCAGCAGUGCUCACUCCCACGAAACCAGUUGAGGGCACAUCGAUCUCACCACAAACGGAAGAGAUUUACCGAGAGAGAAUGUUGACACCGCUUGAAAGCAUUGCGUCACCUGCGGGAUUGCAAUCAGCAUUGUUCUCGCACGAGACAAAUUCAUUCAUGGACCUCAUCAUUGAGGCAGUUGGGGUCAUCCAUCAGCUCAAGAAGUACCCGGACGCAGUGUCGGCGGAUGUCCAUUCUAGAAUCCUCCAGACGCACCGGAGAAACAAUCAAGAGACAGCUUCCCGGUUGAACUUGGGUCAAAGGUGGUCUGAUGGGUCAAUGUGGAUCCGCAUACUCGAGAAUGGGUCGGCACGGAACCAGAAGGGUACGAUCCUCAGUAUGAUAGAAUAUAUGGGGUUCUGGGAGUGGUAUGAUGAACAGAUUCAGCUUGCGAUGAAGACGAUUCGCACCCGGAAGGGUAAGUUAGUGGAUCAUAAAGGCGCAGCUACAUAUGUACUGGACUCCAUGCAGAACAUGUCAUCCGGAGCCGCAACUCGAGGGAAAUGGAUCAGCGGCGUGGGCAGGGUGACAAUUGAGAAUGAAGGGAACACCGCUGAUAUUUCCACUGAGAAGAGCGAGGGGGUUAUCGCCACGAAGGAUCAACAACUUCGAAGGCAAACAAAGGUACAACUCAGCAGGGGUCAAAAAUUGAGCAAGAAGCUUGUUAAAGAGCUUAGCCUAGGGAUUCUUUUCAGCCCGAAAAUCUGGGAAUACACCAAGAUGGAGGGAAAGCAGCUCGACGAGUUGAUCAGGUGCAUUCAGGCGGAUCAGCGGCGGAUGCAACUGCUUGGAAUGCUUGGGACACAGCUAGAGCGGUUGGUCGGCGAAGGACAACCUGACCUCCACGCCUUGUACGAUGGACUGCGCCAACAGAAGCUCGUAUCACAGAAAGAGCUCGAGCACCUUCGCGUGGCCUUCGCUUUAGAUUCAGAUCCGAUGCCGAAAGGUAUCUUAGAUGUGGCGGUCCGCAGGUUGAUCGGAGACGUCAGUAUGAAGGUACUAGGGAAGCAUAAGCUCGAAAACAUCGACGCUGUGGCAGUGAACAACACACCGGUGACUUGUGACACAUUCGACAGACUUCGGUACGGAGAAUGGUUGAAUGACGAAAUGAUCAACCUCGCUAUGAAUAUAUCAGAUAAGCCCGACUUCGUCAAGCACGGCUACAGUGUCCCGCUGGACAAAGUCGGGAAGACCAGAAUGACAACACCUAUCAAUAGACCACUCGCGGCUUGGGCUCGGCGGAUCAAACGCCUUCGUGAAGGAGAGAGAAACGGGUUACAAAGGACGACUCCGUUGGUGUACUUCUGCCCAUUGAACCAUCGCGGUGCACACUUCACGCUACUUGAGAUCAACGAUCAGGAGAGGGUAAUCCGUCACUAUGACUCAAUGGCGGAUCGAGCCACGAUCAAUGGUAGUGGAAAGCAGACAAGAGUCGCUCGGCUGGUAGAGGAAGAGUUCACAGACUUGAAAUAUUCCUACAUUGAAGCGCCCACACCGCAGCAGGCCGAAACCUGGAGCUGUGGUAUCAGGGUUAUCUGGAAUUUCAAGUUGUUGUCAAAUGGUCUCUCCAUUGGAGGAUGGGAUAUUGUGCUGGAUCCCGAGCGCAUUAAGAUGGAGCUUGUGGAAGGCUUUCACACUUCUGUACAAGAGGGGGUUAUGAGCAAAUACAUGAAUGAGUGCGGUGAACCUUCCAGCGAUUCGGAGCAAAGUUGCGCCAAGCAGUCAAAGAAGCGCUGCAGGAUGAAUUCGUCGGCAAUCGAUCAACGGCCAACUCGAAAAACCGCCAAUAAGUGA